AUGAGCAACGUCGACGAAUUCUACGAAUAUGCAAGAAACAACUUUUUAAAUCUUUUGAAAAAAAAUAAUGUAAAUCCUCCAAAUGAAGAGAAAAGGAAUGAUACAAAACAACACAAAGGAAGUAGGGAUAAGGAAAAGAACGAAAGGUACAUGUCUGAUAUGAGAAAAUUAAAAAGUGACGAACUGAAUGAUAAAGAAAGUUAUAACAAAAAAUACAAAAAUUUUGUUCUAAAAGGGAAACGUAAAAUUUUUGGCAGAACCAUGAGGAAGAGAUCGAUGAGCAUCUCUUCCGCUUCGUCCAAUUCGUUCACUUCUUCGAUUUCGUCCAAUUCCGCGGCUUCAUGCGUUUCUCAUUCUUCACUUGAAUCCCUGGAUUCCUCAUAUGAUAAAAGGAAGAAAAAAAGAAAGCAUGAGAAACAUAAAAGAUGUCAGAGGGAAAGGGAUAAAAAAGGGAGGGUUAAAAUAGAGAAGGGUUAUGAAAAUUCGAAGAUGAAAACAGAGAAGAAAAAAGCGGAGAAGAGAAAAAAAAAGAGGAGUGCCGAAACAGAAGAAAGGAAAGGGGAGAAAAAAUGUAGGAAAGAGAAAUAUGUCAAAGUUGAGGAAUUGAAAAGAACGAAAAAUAAAUGCACAAAUGCGAGAAAUAACAUUGGGGGAGAAGGAACGGACGAAUCGCAUGAGGUAUGUUUCUCUUCGAGUGAUGUAGAAAAAUGGGAAUAUAGAAAAGAAGACAAAGAAAAAUCUUUUAAAUUCGAAUAUGAAGAUAAAAUGAAGGUACACAUUCUAGAAAAGAACAUUGAAUUGAGCAAAAAAUUGGAUAUAAUAAUAUCAGAAAAAAAAAAGAAGAUGCUAUUAAAGAAUGCAUUAAACAAAAAUCUAGUAGACUGUAAACAUUGCAUUGAUUCAAACUCAUUUAAUAAAAUAAACAAAUUAAAUAUAAUAAGUAUUAGUGAUAAGUCAUAUAUGUGUUACUAUAAUUAUAGAAAUAUAUUUUUAAAAGACCAAUUAUUUAUUUCCCCCAUUGAGCACACAACAAGUGUAACGAAUACGAAUUUUGAAACUAUUCAAGACAUGCGUAAUCAUAUGAAAUCACUAAUAGCUAUGCUAGAAGAAAAUAAUGAGACAUGUAUUUUUGUUGAAUUUAAUAAUUGCUUUAACGCAAGUAUAGAAUUAAUCUCCUUAAGAAAAACAAAACAUACAUAUAUUAAUUGUUACAUAAUACCAAUGGAGUUACUAGAGAAGGCCAAAAUUUAUUUUAAGAAAAAUAUGGAAGAUGUAAAUUCUUUGUAUAGAGAAAAUAAACAGUUAAUUAUUACCAACAAUAAAUAUGCUCCUUAUAAUGUUAUACCGAAAAAUAUUCCAUAUAUCUCAGUUAAUUUUUCUCUUGUUGAGACUUAUAUACAAGUUAUUGAAAACAAUUAUGAUUACGUAAAUAUGUGUAAAUGUAUUUUUACAGAUAUUUUCAAGAAGGACAAAUUUUAUAAAUAUUUCCAAAAUUUUCAACAAUAUGUAAAUUCUGUGGAGUCAUUUAAAAAUCUCUAUCAAAAAUACGACUGGACGAAUUAUAUAAAUUGA